AACUCGCAUAGUAUUAUGUUUGCUAGCCCGGGCCGAACUUAAACUUACUUAGGACUUGCAACUGUUGUAACUUGCAAGUAUACUACACAAGCACCUAAAUGUUAUUGAAUCUAUUAAACAAGUCAAAUGUUGCUCAAUGAAGUCGUUGUAGUAUAGUGGUAAGUAUUCCCGCCUGUCACGCGGGUGACCCGGGUUCGAUCCCCGGCAACGGCGAUAUUAUUUUUUUCCUUUUUUUUUUUUUUUUUUUUGAAGGAACCUUUAUUCUUUAAACAACUUCGAUUAUUCAAAUCUUCUUUCAAUAGAUUGAAAUUCAUCUUCAAUAAAACCCUAAUUUCCCAAAAAGAGUAUGAACAUUGCUACAAUUCCAAUGCAAAUUUCAUCAUCAGCUUUUAAUUACUGCUAUUUUCGUAGCAGUUGCAGUUGUUUUUUGUCCUCUUCAACAUUUCGCAAAACCCUAAAAUCUCCCACUUCGAAUUGGAGAAUGACCAAUUUUGCUUGUUUAUCAUCGUCAUAUGCUGAUUCUAAUUCUGAUCAAGUUGCGACGUCGUUUUCUGUUGGUGCUCCUAAGCCUAAGCCUAAACCGUGGCUUGUUGUUGGCCUUGGAAAUCCUGGCAGAAAGUACAACGGCACUCGUCAUAAUGUUGGAUUCGAGAUGGUAGACACCAUUGCAGAAGCAGAGGGAAUUUCAAUGAAUAGUGUAUCUUUUAAAGCUAUGUUUGGGAAAGGUUACAUUGGAAAAGUUCCAGUUAUCCUUUCCAAGCCACAAACUUUUAUGAAUGUCAGUGGUGAGUCUGUUGGUCCUAUGGUUUCAUAUUAUAAGAUCCCAUUGAACCAAGUAUUAGUGAUAUACGAUGAUUUGGAUUUGCCUUUUGCAAGAUUGAGGCUAUUGCCCAAGGGUGGUCAUGGAGGACACAAUGGGAUGAGGAGUAUCAUUGAUCAUUUCAAAGGAAAUCGGGACUUUCCUCGUUUAAGAAUAGGUAUUGGGAGGCCUCCUGGAAAGAUGGACCCUGCAAGCUUUGUUCUUCGUCCAUUCAACAAACAAGAACGUGAAGAGUUGGACUUGACAUUGCAAGGUGGAUUGGAGGCCAUUCGGAUACUUUUGCUAGAAGGUUUUAAUAAAAGUGCUACAUUUGUGAAUAGUGCAAAGCGCCUGGAACAACUUAGUUGAUCAAGUAUACUAUCAACCAUUUUUUAUUUUUUAUAUCUCCAUUGGUAACCGUCAAUAUAUCUUCAUUGAUGAUAUCAUUCAAAUUUGAACCUCUAGGUGUAAUUCACACUAUAAACAUUAUAAUCUUGUCUGAUUUUUAGUUUGUUCUUUGAGGGCCACAACAGGUCAUAUUUGUUUAAACCUUGAGUUAAUUGGUUUUGGUUUCUUGUUUUGUUGCUGUGGCCCACAAUUUCUUUCAACCAUACGAUUGUCAUCCAAAUUUACUCUCUCUGGCUUCGUUUCUUGUUUUCUUACUGAAGAACUUACAUUUAGAAAUUUCCUGUCAGGCUUGUUGGUGAAGAAACCAGUUUCAUAAUCAUAUAUGGCUGCCUAUGUUCUCCCUCUUCAGCUCUUUCGGCAUUUAGGUUUUUUUCUCCUCUAAUUGAUUGAUAAUUAUCCUCCGUGAUCUCACUUUUAAUCUGCCAUAGCUUACAUAUAUCGGUUCAUAUGCUUGGCUUUUAGUUGUUUAGUCAUGUGUACAUUGAUGCGACUUGGAUCGAUUUUACUGAUAUUGGGUAGGAAUUACCUGACCCAAAUUGUUUCCAGCGCGACUGCCUCAGUACAGAGCCUGAUCCAUGAUCAGCUUUUAACUUGCCAAUAAGUAGGUGGGGGGUUUGUGUUAUUCAAUUUCGGUGUAGCGUUGGAGGAUUUAGUGCAACAGGCAGCUGAAUAGAGGUUUCACAAUUCUGUGUUGAUUUAUGACGUUUAUAGCUAGACUGAUUUUUAUGGGUUCUAAUGAAAUAUUAAGAUUGGUUUUUUUAAGUAUGCAAUUAAGUCUAUAUUAAAAAUCAUCUCAACGAAAACUUACAAAUUACAGCAGCAUGAUAUCAUGCAA